AGAUAAACUCACGUGUCAGACUAAUACCAAACUCAGUUGCUGCAAUUAUUGCCAAAAGUCAACAUUCAUCACUCACGUGUGCGCAGUUGUUUAUUACAAACUUCAGUCACGACUUGAAGUUCAAAGUGCGCCCCACACAACAGCAACAAUACCAAUACAACAUUAACAACAACAACAACAACAACAACAGCUACAAAAUGUCCAACACCUGCCAAAGCUACUCAUCCGUGUUCAUACUCCUAGGCACAUUGCUAUCCAUUUUGGUAGCCGCCCAGAGUGCGCCAGUUUCCUCAACGACAAAAGCCGAGAUCUACCUGUCGCAGUUUGGCUACCUGCCGGCCUCGGCUCGCAAUCCGGAGAACAGCGGGCUGCAGGAUAAGCGCACAUGGGUGAACGCCAUACAGGAAUUCCAGAGUUUUGCUGGACUCAACAUCACCGGCGAACUGGAUGAGGAGACGAUGAAAUUGAUGUCACUGCCACGUUGUGGUGUCAGGGAUCGAGUCGGCACUGGCGACGGUCGAUCCAAGCGCUAUGCCCUCCAGGGCAGUCGCUGGCGUGUGAAGAACCUCACCUAUAAAAUCUCCAAGUACCCGAAGCGUUUGAAGCGCAACGAUGUCGAUGCGGAGAUUGCACGUGCCUUCGCUGUCUGGAGCGAGGAUACCGAUCUAACCUUCACCAGAAAGACAUCGGGCCCCGUGCACAUUGAGAUCAAAUUUGUUGAAAGCGAGCAUGGAGAUGGCGAUGCCUUCGAUGGACAGGGCGGCACUUUGGCCCAUGCUUUCUUCCCCGUUUUUGGUGGCGAUGCGCAUUUCGAUGAUGCCGAAUUGUGGACCAUUGGAUCGCCGCGUGGCACAAAUCUGUUCCAGGUUGCUGCUCACGAAUUUGGUCACUCCUUGGGCCUGUCGCAUUCGGAUCAGAGCUCAGCGCUGAUGGCGCCAUUCUAUCGUGGCUUUGAGCCCGUCUUCAAGCUGGACGAGGAUGACAAGGCAGCGAUACAAUCGCUGUAUGGACGCAAGACGAGUCAGCUGACGCCCACCAAUGCCUUCCCGCCCACCACGCACAGACCAUCGUACACGCCGCCCAAGGUGCCUCUGGAUGACUCCAUUUGCAAGGACUCCAAGAUAGACACGCUGUUCAACUCGCCGACCGGCGAAACGUACGCAUUUAAGGGCGAUAAAUACUACAAGCUGACAACGGACUCCGUUGAGGAUGGCUAUCCGAAGCUCAUAUCCAAGGGCUGGCCAGGAUUGCCCGGCAAUAUCGAUGCUGCAUUUACGUACAAGAACGGCAAAACGUACUUCUUCAAGGGCACUCAGUACUGGCGCUACCAGGGCACCCAAAUGGAUGGUGCGUAUCCCAAGGAGAUUAGCGAGGGCUUCACCGGCAUUCCAGAUCACUUGGACGCAGCAAUGGUUUGGGGCGGCAACGGCAAGAUCUACUUCUUCAAGGGAAGCAAGUUCUGGCGCUUCGAUCCCUCCAAGCGGCCACCCGUCAAGGCCACCUACCCCAAGCCCAUCUCCAACUGGGAGGGCGUGCCGAACAAUCUGGAUGCGGCGCUCCGAUACACCAAUGGCUACACCUACUUCUUCAAGGGCGACAAGUACUAUCGCUUCCACGAUGCACGCUUUGCGGUGGAUACGGCAACGCCGGCAUUCCCGAGACCAACGGCGCACUGGUGGUUCGGCUGCAAGAACACGCCCUCGUCCACAGGUAAUAUUAUUGAGGAUGAUCGAGAGGAGUCUGAGCAGCGCUCACAGCUAUAUGCUGAUGAUGGUAAUGGUGAUAUUGACCUAGAAGCAGCAGUCGGUGAUCACCAAACCAAUGAUGAGCCCAUCGAGCCCGAAAAGUCGGAACGAACUGGAUCUGGUGCGAUGUCCAUUCAGCUGUCCAGCAACUCCGGUGCCAGUGUGCUCCUGACCACGUUCCUGCUCUGCUGUCUAUCCAAGUAUAUAAUUAGCUAAAAUAUCUGAACAUUGCGCAAUUCUUAGGAACAUUUCACUGAGAUAAAUAUUCAAUUUUAGUAAAGUUUUGAAAAUUUUACUGCACUUUGCAAAAUCUUGAUAGGCUACCUACAAAUUUGAAUUGUGUAUUCGAAUAAUACGAACCUACAUAUUAACAAGAAAUCAAUCAUAUAUAUAUAAAUAUAUAUAUGUAUAGAUAUAUAUGUAUCAUGUGAAACAGGUGCCUUAAAUUCGUUGUUGUGUAAAUACAAAUUGCAAAAAGCAGCAUUAAAUGUAAUUAAACUUUAAUCUUAAAUAGCUAUUAACAUUCCAAGGAAAUACAAGAAUGCAAUAUAAAACGAAAUAAACAAAAAAGAUCAGGAUUCAUAUCAUAGCCGAAACUACGAGUAUGUUAUGUAACUUAAAGAUGACAAUUUGCGAUAUUAACUAUAGCAAGCCAUAUGAAAAACAAAAAAAUAUAUUUUAAAAAAUACUAAAAAUCGAUAAAGCAACAAAUGAUAAACGUAUUUUAGUUGAAUUCGAGUUGUUACACUCACUAAAAGAGCAAUUCAAUGUUGUUUAGAGCUGCGUAACAAUUAAGUAUAGAAACUAAUGCUGUUUAUCGAAAGGACUUAUGAUCGUAAGGAAACCAUAAUAAAAGAUCAUUAUUAAAUUAAGUCUAAGCGUAAGAUUAUAAGAAUUCUGUAAGCGAUAUUUGUUCGGGUUUAAUAUUUAAAACCGAAAUAUUAUUAUUUAAUUUACAUAUUAUUAUUAUCGUGUUACAAUUUAUAAAAAUUGUACGUUGCAAACGUGAUCGAAAAACAUUAAAUAAAAAUUAAAAUGAGUGUUAAAA